AUGUUAUUCAGUAUUUACGUCACAAAUCGAAAUAAAAAUCAUCUUGAUCUAAUUACUAUAGAAGGAACAGGCACAGAACUUUAUGAUUUUGGUGUUAAUGUUGUUGUAUUUAAAAAUGUUUUUAUUGAUCCAUCUAAAGUCGUUGGUGCAAUUGGAGGCGAAGAUCCUAUGAAAGUCGCUAACCAACCAGAAUCUUAUGAACUCUUGGAAUUUCAAUAUGGAUUUAUCAAAACUAGUGUUAAGCCAAAUAUAAAAAAAGAACAAUUACGUUCGUAUGAAACUAAUGUAAUUACGUUUCUCAAAUCGGUGGAGGUACUUGAUCCCACGAACUUGGAUACAACAAAUAUCUAUAAGGAAAAAAUUGUCUUUUUAAUUACACGUGUAGAAUAUGCUAAUUUAUAUCAUACAAUGACUGAUUGGUAUAAUACUUAUUUAACAAUGAAAUUACUUAAUUUAUCCAUUAAUAAUAUACAUUUAUUAAUAACUGAUGGACAUCCUAUAGGUAAUUUAGAUGAAGUAUGGUAUCAAUUAUUUAAUUAUUCUAUAUCAAGAAUUGGUGCCUAUAGACAAAUUACAAAUUAUAUUCAUCAUAAUAAUACAAAUUUAUUACCAAUAUUACCUAUGAAUAAGAAUUAUCUAUUACAUAUACAUAAACUUGUUAUAAUACCAUAUGGUUAUUCAAGUCCAUUAUAUGUUGAUAAACCACUUUUAUCUAAUAUGUAUAUUGAGGAAUUUCGACAAUUUCUUCUUCAAAGUUAUCAUUACAAUAUGAAUGAUAAUUUAUGUUAUAAACACAUAGUAACUAAUUAUCAAUUACCACAAAUUAUUAUUAUUAGUCGACGUAAUUAUAUUGCACAUCCACGUAAUAUAAAUGGACAUAUUAGUAGAAAAAUCAAUAAUGAAUUACAAUUAUUAAAUCAAUUAAAACAAUUAGGUUUUACAAAUUCAUUAAUUAUUGAUUUUAUUAAUUUAACUAUAAGUGAACAAUUAAAUUUAAUUAUUAAUACAGAUAUAUUAAUUGGUAUGCAUGGUGCUGGUUUAACUUAUAGUUUAUUAUUAUCAAAUACAUCAAUGUUAAUUGAAUUAUUCCCUAAUUAUUGUUGUAUUAAUAAUCAACAUUUUAUUAAAUUUACUAAAUUACGUCAUAUUGAUUAUUAUGCUUAUUAUGGUUUAUCAAUAAAUGAUAAUAAACAAUUAGAAUCAACUUAUAUACCGAUUGAUGAUUUUCAAACAAUCAUAUUACAAACAUAUAAGAAAUGGAAAGAAAAUUGUAUGAAAAUAAAUGAAAAAACAAAACAGCAAACAAAGAGUAGAUGAUCUUCUAUGAGGAACGGGGGGGCGGAGGGUUUUGUUUCUUUGUUAGUUGUUUUGUUUUGUUUGUUUUGAGAAACUAUUUUUGGGGGUGUUAUAUCCUAGCGAAGAUUAAAUCAUGAGUAACUUCUGCUGAGACCUGUUAAUUGAGUAAUAUUAUCUAUACAUUCUUAUGGUAUAAUUAUUCAAUAAUUAGAUUAUAAAUAUUUAUAUUCCCCUUGUUAUAAGCUUUAUUUUGAUCUAUAAUUUAUUACUGUACGAUUUACGGUUCAUAAGCUAU